AUGUUACUCCCGGGACAAGGUUACGCAGCUCGGAGUGAUGAAGACCUCGAGCAAGAGCAUGCGAACGGGGAUUCUGAUUCGGUUCAAAUCUCGCCGGCGAACCAGCCGGAGAAUGGCUUUCCCACCAACAACCACCCGCCUGAUACCGUCAUAAACUAUGGGGACGAGCAACAACAUGAAAAUAUAUCAUAUCCAGGGGCUGCUGCCUCUUCAAGAUCUCUCCCGGCGACAGGAGAGGCAGACAUUGAACAAAAUGCUCUUGCGGAUACCAAUGCCAAUGGCCCCAACCCACGGUCGAACGCGGCUGCGGGACCCCAAGGCGCUGGAGUGGGAGUCGACCGUACUCGUACCAUUGCCCUGUCACUCAGGCGUGAGCUUCAACCACGCCACAUUUUCUGUAUAUCGAUCGGUGCAGUCAUCGGCAUGGGCUUCUACAUUAAGACCGGCAUUGUGGCGACCAUUGGAGGCCCAGGCAAUGUGAUCUGCGCGUAUUCAUUUCUGGGGGCACUGGCAUUCGCCGUUCUGCAAGAUCAAGCAAGACUGCUCCACGUCUGGCCCAUUCGGGGCGCCUUGGUGGCGUUUGUUGAAGACUUUGUCGACGAAGAACUUGGUCAGGUGGUCGGCUUUAUGUACUGGUUGACAUAUUGCUUCUCGUUUGCUGCCCUCACCGCCACGGUCGGGAUGCUACUUGAUAGCUUUGACUUGUCCAAGACCGCCUCGAUCCUGCUCUCCGUCAUCUCCAUCAUCGUCCCCCUGGUGGUAAAUCUGACAGACAUCCGAUAUCUCAAAGAAUGCGAGUUCUGGUUUGGAUUGCUGAAACUGGCCAUCGCUGUGACCUUUAACACGGCCAUGAUGGUCGUCAACCCGAAGGUCGGCUCGGACUCCAGCUCUGGCUCUACCUCCGACUCCGAGUCCACCGAGCGGCAGAAGUUACAAACGAGAGAAGUGGUGUUCACCAGAACCGGACGGGCGUGGUGGAUCGGGGAUUUCUGCAUCGCGGUAUUCAUCUCGGCCUUCGCCUUUGUUGGUAUCGAAGCGGUGGCAGCAACAGCCACCGAAGUUGACUUCAGCAGAUACCGUGACGCCGGUGGUGCUGGUCCUACCCCAGAGCCAGAUCCAGAAGCAGUGCGUGAAGCUCUGGCCCAAACUCCACAUCUGGACCAGAGCCCCUUUAGCGGGCCCGCCUGGCUCGUGCCGCUCACCACCACUCUGCUUUACCUGUGGGGAGGGUGGAUUGUGACCGAGAAUGUGGCUUCGUCUAACCCAAGUCUUGCCGGAAUUGGACUCACAACCACUGCAAAUGCGAGUGCGAGUGCCAAUGCAGAUGACAAGUUGAACUCGACCUUGACCUCAGCCACUGAGGCCGAGAAUCGGGCUACGAUGGGCUCGAUCUUCAUCAUUGCCGCUUCCUUCAGCAAGCCACUCGAGACCGGACUCCGAAUCUUGCUGAUUCUGAACGUGGUCCUCACCUCCAGUACGGCCCUGUACAUUGCGAGUCGCACGCUGUAUGCACUCGGCAUGAGACAUUCGGGGGUCUUGGACGGGACCAAUGCGGCGCCUAGGCCUGGGGGGAAGCAACGUCUACCUCGGCUUCAGGAGUUCCCCCAUCUGCUCAUCUGGAAGAACAAGUUCCAGGUUCCGUUUAUGGCAGUCUUGAUGUCGGUCUGGCCGUUCAUCGUUGCCUUCCUGAGAUAUCGGUGGCCUGGGGCAAUUGAAAAGGCAAGUCCGACCGCCCGCUCGAAAAGUCAAAGAUGA